CACCGGAAGAGGAUAGAUGAACUUCCGGGUAAAAAUAGUCUGCAUGAAUCGAGUGAAGUGGUCUGUUUUGUAAAGUACAUAUUGUGAGAAUUUGGUGAACUGCAGAUAGUAACAUGUCUCGUGGAUCGAGUGCAGGGUUUGAUCGCCACAUUACGAUCUUCUCUCCCGAGGGAAGGCUCUAUCAAGUCGAAUAUGCGUUCAAAGCUAUCAACCAAGGUGGACUCACAUCGGUAGCAGUCAGGGGAAAAGACUGUGCAGUUGUUGUAACACAGAAAAAAGUUCCAGACAAGCUCCUGGACUCGUCCACAGUCACCCACCUCUACAGAAUAACAGACAACAUUGGGUGUGUGAUGUCUGGGAUGACAGCCGACGGCAGGUCCCAGGUGCAGCGCGCGCGCUACGAGGCGGCCAACUGGCAGUACAAGUACGGCUACGAGAUCCCCGUGGACAUGCUGUGCAAGAGGAUGGCGGAUAUCUCGCAGGUGUACACGCAGAACGCUGAGAUGAGGCCCCUGGGCUGCUGCAUGAUCAUGAUCGGCAUUGACGCGGAGCACGGCGCACAGGUGUACAAGUGUGACCCGGCCGGCUACUACUGCGGCUUCAAGGCCACCGCGGCCGGGGUCAAGCAGACGGAGGCCACCAGCUUCCUGGAGAAGAAAGUGAAGAAGAAGCUGGACUGGACCUUCGAGCAAACCAUCGAGACGGCAAUAUCCUGCCUGUCAACUGUUCUGUCUAUUGACUUCAAACCCUCAGAGUUGGAGGUUGGCGUGGUCACCAUCCAGGACCCAAAGUUCAGAAUGCUGACUGAGGCUGAAGUGGAUACCCACUUGGUGGCCCUCGCAGAGCGGGACUGAGCGAAGCUAACACCCUGUAUGACCCUGAUGGAUAAAGUUAGAGCAUGAUGGGAUUUGUAGUCUCCCCGACCCCCCAGAAAAGAAGACUGGUGUUAUCUUUGUUUUGCUGUACAUUAACCCCCUGCUGUUUCAUUGAACAAUAAAAAACGUUUUGGAGUAAA